AUGGCUGAGUCACAGCCCGCCCGCAUCGACUCCAUGGACACCCGCGAUACCCUAAUCCCAGAGACCCUCGUCACCGAUCUCCCAGAAGCUCCCGCAGACACGGCAUCGGCACCAGACGCCGCCGGCUGUGACAACAAUAAUGAGCCAAGUGACGCCACCAACGGCGAGGAGCAGAAGCCAGCAGACGCCACCAGCAGCGGCGAGCAGAAGGCAGCAGACGCCGCCAGCGAGGAUAAGAAGCCACCUGCAAUGACCCCGGAAUCCAUUCGUAUCGCGAUCGAGAACUAUGCCAACAGCAUCAACAAGGACCCCAAGGAGGUGACGUUUUCCAUGCUUGAGGCUACAAAGGAAGGCCCCAGCUACUGGGCCACGGUCAACACAGACAUGUCGGCCCGUGGUGCCACGGCACAAUCUAUGGGCCGUGCCAUCCGCUUCAAACCGGCCGUGAAAAACCUUUAUGGCCUACUCCUAGAUUCCUUCAAGCUCGAGUUUAGGAGGGCCUGGGCAUGCUCCCGGGACUUUGAAUUCGUCACGACUACCCGCAGCACCGUCAAUACAUUUCGCAAAAGAAAGGACGAGCUCGGCACCUACAAGACCUUCCUUCAGAUUUGUCAGGUCCUAGGCGGGGUCGAUGAACCCAUCGCCGUGCAACAGGCGAAGAACUACACUCAGAUGUGCUGCCGUGACGACCUCAAGGAACACUGUGUGGUCUACAACGCCUGGCUGAAAGCUGACACAUACCUGUGGGUGGAGCAGCUCCUGACCACAUCGAACAUCCAGGAAUGGAAGAGUACUGUGACUGUCGAGGUCAAGGAGCCGGUUAAAGGCUCAUGGUCUGAAAAGGUGCAGCUCUCGAAAGCUAUGCGAUGCUACGCGGCGGAGAACGGCAAGAGGUUGGUUGAUGUGACCGAGACCGAAGUGAGGACCUCGGAGUUGGGUUUGCAAGGCUAUGCUGCUUUGUUCGAAAAGACUCCAGGAGCCCAGCCCAAGCCCGGCGGGGAUGGCAGCAAUGCUGGUGGGUGCAAGGGCGGCAAGAAGAGGGGUUUGGAACAGGAGCCGAAGCCGAUCGACACUGACCUCCCGACGCCGCCUCCUACUACCGAGAAUCCUCCGAAUCCGAACAAGCGGGCAAAGGCGGGCGGGAGCGGUUCCGUCACGACCAAGAAGGAGAAGGAGGUCAAAGAGCUUCUUGCCCAGGAGCAAGCGAGCGACAAUGCUAUGAGCAUGAUCACGAUCGAGAUGGGCAAGAGCGAUCCCGCCGCAUGGCAGUGGGCGGCUGGGUUCGUGAAGAGCUACAAGGAAUGCCGGGUCGGGGUGCUCGAGCUCUACGCCGAGAACCCCUUCUUUCAGUCCAUGAAGGUGGCUGUUCUCUCCGCGAAGGAGCUGCAGAAGGUGAAGAAGGAGUACAAGGAUCAGUAUUUGCCGAAGCUUUGCGACUUCGUGAGCAUGUUGGGGCCGAAAAUCUCUGCUAUGGCAGAGGCUAGUGUACAGAUACAACAGAUGGCUAGUGCCAAGAAGAAUGCUUCCGAGAGUGUUAAAGCUAGCCCUGCCCCCAAGGCAAAAGGCAAAGCCAAAAAAGCCCUGGCCCGAUCGGCCUCCACGAGAAGCAUCGGCUCAGUGUGA